AUUUGAACUCCCUUACAUUUCCAGGCCUUUGCAAUGGGACUCGCUUGCUACUCUUGCAAGUUGGACGAAGGUGUCUUCAAGCCAGGAUCUUAAUGGGUGAUCAUCGUGGAAAGACAGUAUUAAUCCCUCGGAUAGCCUUGGACACCGUGACCAAGACCUUACCUGUCAAGUUACGGAGAUUACAGUUUCCAGUCAGGUUGGCAUUUGCUUUGACAAUUAACAAAGCGCAAGGUCAGUCUCUUGACAAUGUAGGGAUUGACCUUUCAUCACCGGUCUUUGGACACGGUCAAUUAUAUGUCGCUUUCUCAAGAGCGACUCAUCCUGGAAGAUUAACGGUGCUAUUGGAGGAUUCUAGAUAUGGAUUGGAACGGAAGGUUAAGAACGUGGUAUAUAGUCGGAUGGUUGAAUUGUAUUAGUCUUAGUAGUUUGUGGUCUCUUUUACGUUUCUGUUUGUGUGUUUCGUUCUCGAUCAUUGUAUUUGUACUUAUGUGAUUGUUCUUAUGACAAUUGCCUUU